AUGUCGCACUUAACUUUUCUUCUUGAUCCUCUUCUUUUGCAAGAAGACGAACGAAACAAGAAGAAUAGCAGCUCCUCACAAAGAGCCUCUUCAAUCAUGCCAGAAACUCCUUUUAUCAAGCAGGAAGUUCCCUUUAUUAAGCAAGAGCAAGAAGAUGACCAUGUUUACCACCCGGUUUCAACACAACUUGGUGACACGCCAGAGUUAAAAUAUGAAGAUGGUCAUAAGUCUGGUUCUUGCUCAUAUCUUUCUGCCGAGGAACAUAAUAUUAGAAACGACAAUUUAGACCAUCUUUCAUCUUAUCGACAAGACUAUAAGUCUUCAAGGGAACCACAGUAUUCAUCGCGCGCGCAAUCUGGAUCCUCCAAAUCACCCCAAGAAUACGAUCAGUAUGUUGGAGAUCUAACUUCGCUGCAAAAAUAUCAGCCUGGCGCCUCAGAUCAUUUCCGGCCAUCAUCGCCACAAGCAAGUACACAAACCGGAGACUCCGAGUCCUUCGGAAUUUGCCCACCAUCAACGGUCUUGCAACCUACAAGUUCUGAUUUUAAUCGACCUUCUGAUGAUUUUGAUUACGAUAUUAGAGAUUUACCCCAGGCACAACCUUACCUGUAUCAAUUGACUCGCGACCAAUCUCCUGGCGGUCAAAUUCUUCCUAUCCAGCACGCUAUCAAUGAAAAUGUUACUGAUAGUCAAUACUAUAUCAGCGAAACCCUCAAUGAUCCGCCAGUUUCUCAAGUCCCCGAGCCUGGUCUUGAUCUUGACGAACACCUAGAUUUACAACCAGGAGUUAUCACCAUGAAUCUCCCCACACCAGCUACAACUGAAGAAGUCUCGUACUUGCAGUCAUGGAUUCCGAGAAACAAAACAGACAUCGAAAAUUUCUAUGCUGCUAGGCCUGGUCUGAAUCGACCUAUUCUUGAAAACUCUUCAAAGCAGGAUCAAAUAGAUACUGUCAUGAGAUACAUGUUAGCUGAGCAUGGAGCUAUCAUUGAUGAGAGACAAAGCAUUCAUGGCCGAUAUGAUCAACUUGGCGCAGUUUUGAUUGGUCAAUUCCGAUUACAGAACCGGGAGCUUGCCUGCGAGCUCCAGCGCCAAGGAGAUCUUGCCUUCCCAUCAUCUGCCAUCUCUCAAGCUCUUUCGUCGUAUCCUUCCAAGGCCCCUCAAUCACGUAUUCGCAACUAUGAUAAUCAACCUACCCCUACUCAUAACAAUUACGAAGAAAUUGGUGGCCCAGAUGUAGAUACAGUAAAGAAAUGGGGCGGAAUCAAACAGAAAAUCAACAACAAAGGUGUCUACCACGAAGUUUUGCAUCGUAGACGUAAAACUCUCGGUGCAAAAUACCACCCUGAAGCUAAACGAUUGAUGGCCUUACCGUACUCGACUGGAGAAAAUCUGACCGAUCAAGAUAUUCUUCAACUGGCAAGAUUGAGUCCACUCGACAGACAUUUACGCGCUUCAAAAUUCUUCAACGAGAGGGGAGAAUUCUACACUCGUCAUAUACGCUUCACGGAAAUGUCGGAUGCGCGUCUUAGACGCGAGGGGUUGUUGCGUGCGUGGAUUCCGAGAAAGGCGGGGGAUCGUCCCCGAAAUAGCAUAGAGCGCGCUGAGCGGGCAAUAGAGUUGGGAUUGACGGGUGAUGAUAAAUUGUUUGCUGAUGCAGCUGCUGAGAGACUUCGUCGAGCUGCGGUAGAGCAAAAGAUGAGAGAGUCAGAGGCAGCACAAUGA